UCGGCGCUUCCAAAGAUUCCCAACAAGAACAAGCCAUGCCCCUCCCAACUCAUCAUCUCUCGAUCGUUAUCAUUUAUGCUUCUCCACCCCAAACAAAACCAAACCCCCCCUACAUCCGACUCCCAGAAAAACACCCUCUCAUUUUCCCUCACUUUCUUUGCAACCAUGCAGAGGAAGUUCAAGCAAGCCUUCACGGCCAUGAGGGAACACGGCUACGUCAGCUACGCCAAGAUGGCCACCAUGGGAGGAUUCUGUGACCUUGACCUGAUCGUCGUUAAGGCCACUGCUCCGGUGGACUUGCCGCUGCCGGAGAGAUACGUUCACCAGCUCCUGAAGAUCUUCUCCAUCUCGCCCGCCUCGUUCCGGCCGUUUUCCAUCAGCUUCACGCGGCGCUUCGGCAAGACGCAGUGCUGGCGGGUGGCGCUCAAGUGCCUGGUUCUCCUCCACCGCCUCCUCCGGUCGCUGCCGGAAAAUAGCCCCUUCCGGGCGGAGCUUCUCUGGACUCGCUCCAACGGGCUGUUGUCUCUCUACCCAUGUCACUUCCGCGACUCCUCUUCUUCGUCCUCAGAGGAUUACACCGUCUUCAUCCGAUCAUACGCUCAUCUCCUUGACGAAGCCCUGUUGCAUGUCAACGAAGAAGAAAAACAAGAAGAAGGGAUUGCCAGCUUAGCAGAAAAAAUGCAAGAAGUUGCAAGGCUGACGGAGAUCUUGCCGGAGCUGCAGUCGAUGAUCGACCGAGUGAUGGACUGCAGGCCAACGGGCGCCGUCGCUCGGAGCUUUCUGGUUCAAUCGGCCAUGAAACACAUAAUCCGGGACAGCUUCGCGUGCUACACAAGUUUCAGACGAGACGUCGUGCUGGUGCUAGAGAAUCUCAUGCAAAUGCCCUACCGGAGCUGCGUGGAGGCGUUCGGUAUCUACAAAAAGGCGGCCGUUCAGGCGAACCAGCUCUGCGAGUUCUACGACUGGUGCAAAUCAUUGGGGCUUUGCGGGUGCUAUGAAUACCCUUUCAUUGAUCGGAUCCCACACAUCCAAGUCACGGCUCUUGAGAGAUUGCUCAAUGGAAUGUGGCAGCUGACUGAUACAUCUUCCUCGCCUGUUUCCCCACUAACGUGCGCCGUGGAGUCUUCUAGUUUGACAGAAGAUGAAAGUGAAAGGCAGGGUCCAGGAUCCGAGAUUGUCGCCGGCGGCCUUUACUGUCCGAAGUUUGAGGAUGACUAUUUGAGCAAGAAACUGGAAGGGGAUGAAGAAAUCGAGCCACUGAUUCAGUUUGUAGAAGGUGACAACAAUGUUGGCUGGGAGGAGCUUCUGGAAGCUUCUACUAGCCUCGAAUGGGAAGGUUCUAGACACUUCUUAUUCGGGGGCUACGGACAUGAAUACAGAUACAAUUUGGGAGGUGGGCAAUGUGAGCAGGCAAAUGGGUGGCAGUUGCAAGUGUACAAUCCUCCUGUAAAUCCUUUCAGCCAGCAGCCCGAAAUUCCUAAUUACUACCCAUCAUUUGCAGCCAAUCCCUUGUACCCAUGGGGGAUUUGAACCAUUUGAUGGUCACACAUUCAAAUUUUUGGUGGAAUAAUACUCAAUCCAUAUAUGCAUAUACUUAGAUUGACUCUCUUUGAUGGGUUAUGGAUUAUGUCAGCUGCUGUUCAGAGUUUUAAUGCGAAUUCAAUUUUAACUUAAUUUUUACU